UUCAACGCUUUCCUCUUCUUCUUUCAUUUCAAUUACCAGUCUCAUUCAAACUCAGGUGCAAGAACGACUGGAGACUUUUAUUUCAGAUAAAAAAAAAAGUUAUUUUGGAGUUGAAAUUGGUUAGCCAAGUGCAAUACUCAGCUUUUUACAACCGUUUCUUGAUUUCCAUAGCUGGGGUGUUGGGAUUGGAGAUGAAUCUGUGGUUUGAUUAGGUUAUUUGGGAAUAAUUGAAAAAUACAGAAAAUGUCUUUGAAGAGCAGAGGGGGUGAGUCAUCUUCGAAGAGGGGUGUUUCAAGAAAUCUCACUCUUUUUCUCUGCAUUGGAUGCUUUUGUGCUGGGAUGUUCUUCACUGACAGAAUGUGGGCAGUUCCAGAAACUAAAGACUUAUCCCAUUAUAGUGGUGGGCCAGAUGAAAAGCAUAACUUAGUUUCAGAUGGUUCUGAUCCAAAAGUUAAGGAUGGACCGGGCGAGUCCAGGGAUGUUUUUGCAAAAGUUUCAAAGACACCUCAUGCUACAGAGGCUCUGGAUAAAACAAUUUCAGAUUUGGAGAUAGAGUUAGCUUCCACGAGGACCCUCCAGGAUUCCUUACUCAGCAAUUCUCUCUUAUCUCAAGAGCUGAAGAAUCCUGGGUUAGCCAAAAAGAGAAAAUACUUGAUGGUAGUUGGCAUUAACACUGCUUUUAGCAGUCGAAAGAGACGAGAUUCAUUGCGCUCUACAUGGAUGCUACAAGGUGAUAAACGGAGAAAGCUUGAGGAAGAAAAGGGCAUUAUUAUCCGAUUUGUGAUUGGUCACAGUGCCACAUCAGGUGGUAUUCUUGAUAGAGCCAUUGAAGCAGAAGAUAAGAAACACGGAGAUUUUCUGAGACUGGAACAUGUUGAGGGUUACCUUGAACUAUCAGCCAAGACAAAGACCUAUUUUAUCACUGCUCUCACUCUUUGGGAUGCCGACUUUUAUGUAAAAGUUGAUGAUGAUGUACAUGUAAACAUAGGGUCACUCGGGGCAACCCUUGCCAGGCAUCGUUCGAAGCCUAGGGUUUAUAUCGGAUGCAUGAAAUCUGGGCCUGUCCUUGCUCAAAAGGGAGCAAGAUAUUAUGAACCUGAAUAUUGGAAAUUUGGUGAGCAAGGAAACAAGUAUUUCCGCCAUGCGACAGGGCAAAUAUAUGCUAUUUCCAGGGAUUUAGCAACUUAUAUAUCAACAAACAGGCACGUAUUGCACAAGUACACAAAUGAAGAUGUCUCGUUAGGAUCUUGGUUCAUUGGAUUGGAUGUGGAACACAUUGAUGACCGAAGAUUAUGUUGUGGAACACCACCUGAUUGCGAGUGGAAGGCCCAGGCUGGUAACAUCUGUGUUGCUUCAUUUGACUGGAGCUGCAGCGGAAUUUGCAAUUCUGCUGAUAGGAUUAAGGAGGUGCAUCAGAGAUGUGGAGAAGGCGAGACAGCCCUGUGGGAUGCUGCUUUCUGACGCGUGUAGAGUUGCACGUGACAGAGAAUUCAAGUUGAGAAUCAUCCACAGAAUGCGGCUCUGCAACGUCAUGAUACAUCGUGUUUAUCAUCCACAGAAUGCGGCUCUGCAACGUCAUGAUACAUCGUGUUUAUCAUCCACAGAAUGCGGCUCUCACUAUGUAAAUGCUAUAUAUAUAGAGGGAGAGAGGGAUAGAGAAACAGGAAGAUGCUGCAAGAGUCAUUGUUCCCAUUUUAGGCAAGGAGAUGGAUCAUUGUAGCAUACAUACUUAAAGAGUUAGAAGCAAAGCUUGAGUAAAGUGUUGGUGGGAGUUUUGAGCCAACUUUCAUUACUAGUGCAAGUGUUUUGCAUUUUAACAUCAUUUUAGCUGCAGUAGCUAUUCUAUGUUCAUUAUAUUUUUGUAGUUGUGAAAAAUCUUGAUCUGACAAUGGUGGCAGCUUAUUGUGCUUUUCUUUCUAAUGUGGUUAAUGAAGCUACUCUGCCUGGUGGUUUGUGGAGGUCCAA